AUGCUGCCAGCAGCAUGCACAGCAGCAAAGGAGAAUGUGGAAGACAAACUGUUAGCUGCGAAGACAACGAGGAAUGGAACAUCUGCCCAGAACUCUGCUGUGUUGAAGCUAUUUGAGCAGGUUUCAACACAACUUAGUGCUGAGUCCUAUCCCACUGGCAGCCAAGUUAUUGUUCUGUCAAGGGGAUUAUCGUCAGUGUGUGCAGAACUUUUGGAGAGGUCAUUUAACAGUGUGACAAGGACUAUCAUUGAAGAAUUAAAAAAAGGUGUGAAAGACUGUUUCCACAACGUAGAGAUGAGCAAGUCUAUAGGAGUAGAUACUCUGCUUGAUCUACGCUUUCAAACUCUUGUGUUUGCAAACAGAGAAGCAGCAGAAAAUGCGAAGAAGCAGCUAGUUGAACUAAAUAUGAACAUAGUGGAUUUGGGAGGCACACCACCGGCAGGAGACAAGUCUCAGUUUAAUACUUGGGAUAUUUUAACAAUAAGCUCCACAAGUCAGUCACCAGCAGCAGACAUCGCACAGUUAAAAUGUGAGAAGCUUGAAGUAUAA